GUUUAUUAUUAUAAUUUUCCUAUGAUGGCAUGGCCGAAGGUUUAUUUUGUCGUACAGCUUAUUGGAAUUCUCUUUCAAAAACAUGUACUGAUGGCAGAAGAUUCUGCAGAGGACCAGAUUACCUGGCCGGAUGACAUUGCCGAGCCAACCUUGGAGUCUGAGUUGACCUGGCCCAAUGAACUUCCGGUAACAGUAACUAAUGGCAUGACUUUUCGCACCGCUCGAACCUUGGAUCAUUUCGAUGCUUUGCGAGACGAUGACGAGUUCAUGGAGAACCCGCAUAAAAAGGUUUUUGACGAAUUUGAUAGCCUGGAGCAUAGAUACCACAUCGUUCAUCCAAUAGGUGAAGAAAUAGCCCUCAAGCGGAACCCGCUCCCUGAGGAGAAGUAUAUCAAGCAGCCCUUCAAGUUCGGCUGCUGUCACAACUCCACAUAUGUGGGAUGUGCUGGCGUUUGUCCGGAGACAUGCGAAUACCGCUCCAAAUACUGUGUACCGCUUUGCGGACCGCCUUGUCGCUGUAAGCGUGGUUAUGUCUACAAUAUUCCACAUAGCGCAUGUACUCUGCGCUCCGACUGUCCCAAGGGGAUCGUUCAGAGUAAGAACGGGAUAUACAGGGUAUUUUUGUGAGGUGGAGGAUGUGAUAAGGUGAUUUGGGUUAGUGUGGUGGACUGAUAUAUGCUGUGGGUGUGCUGUGGUGUCGUGCCAAUUUCGUUUGUUCUAAUAAACCAAGAAAGCCGAAUGGAUGCAAGCU